AAGAGUCACUGCGGUCUUCCUCCUCGUUUUCAUUCUCAACUGCCAAAUCACAGAAGACAGAGUGGGAAUUUGCACUCCCAUUCCUUCUGAGUUACCCGAGAGUACUGCUCAGCCCAUUGUAAGAUGCUCAGUCAUUGACAUGAGCGAAUCUACUAAGCCAAAAACAAUGGUGUGUGAUGCCAGAACAAGCAUGUUUGCCAUAGCCGAUACCAUCAUGAAGAAGGUAUAUCCAGAGGCAGAAGGGCAGGUUACAUCUCACCCUGAUCUAACAGAUCCAAUAGCUAGACUGGAGGAGCUCAUAUCUCAGGGUAGGAUUGGUGCUCUCUCCCGUGAUCUCAGUCACCAAGUCAACCGCAUAAUUUCCGAUAGCAACUUGACCCCUCUGGGACUGACAGUGGCGGCUGGAAAGAGUGCAUCUGAUACCAUCCUUUCGAAGCUGAAGAGGAAUGACAAGGUGGGGAAGCCCACAACUUACGAGCUGGUUCAGCUGUUUGUAGAGGAGUCUGUUAAGUGCCUCCUGCUUCCUAGUUUUGUGCCCUAUUCAACUUCAAUGAGUUUGGCUCAGGGGGCCAAGGUGUUGGCUAGAGUGUCUGAAGAUAGAAUUUCAUGCUCUUCUUCUUCUUCAUCAGUAUUUAGUGACAGUCAGUCUCUUUACCAAAGUUAUGGUAAGCCAGGUCAUGUACUCUGUGGAUUCUGAUGCAGAAAGUAGAGGAUCCUCUCCAACUGAAUCUCUCCAAACAUCUGAACCCACUAUAUCUGAUGUAGGCAAUCUAUUGAGUGGCAAGUCCUCCCCUCGGCUGUCUCCUUCUGGCACCAUUAUGGCAACAAGCGAGACCUCCAAUGCAGCACAAAUCUUGAAGGCCAACAUUGAUGGAGAGGAAGUGGAUACCACCAGUCAUUCUGGUGUAGCUCAAAACAUUGUCAGGGACGAUAUGUCAACCAGCCCAGACAUGGUCAAAGAUGUCACACUUCCAACCCCAUCCUCUGAUAACUUGGGCAGUGAUGAUGACUUCACCGGCCUCAUCAGCAUGUUAGUAAUGAGAAUUCUAACAGAAAUCCAAACCCCAGCAGAAGAUUACCCAGUUGACGUCACACGCAAGUCACAAGACCUGAUCCCUAAAGUUAUGGAGGUCUUCUGUGCAUGGUCAGGCUGCUCUGAGACACAAGCCUAUCCAGAGAACUUGAGGAUUCAUAAAGUCUACAGAGUAGUCUAUAAAAAUCUGUUGGAGGAGUUUGGCUCGGAGAAAAUCCUCCAACAGGCCGUGUCGACUCAGGACUCUUCAUUUGAUAGGAUUCUUGUCAAGUCUUUGAGUGAAGCGCUUCUCCACAGAUGUAAUGAGGCAUUGAGGGCAGCCUCAAGAACGGAGCGACGCCUGGUGAAGAAUCCUGAGCUUGCAGAAGUUCAUAACCGAGAGAUUCAUAACCUUGUGAAGGCAGGCUUGUCCCAACCAGAGAACGAGUGGCCGACAGCCCCCAGGCGUACGGCCCCUCCGCAACCAACUGAAGCUUAUGAGUUAAGGAGGUCCGCCCAAUGCUACAGCAUUUCUACGGAACCAACAACGGCUCUCCCUGACCUAACACAAUCCCAAACACUGCCGGAUCUGAUCACUGCCACAAACCAGACCUCAGAUGGGGUGGCUUCUAUACCUACCUCCCUCGCGGCAGAGACACUACUCCAGCAAGCACAAGCAGUUAGCUUCCCUGAGGAGUUAAAAGCUCUGAAAGCCGGUAGGGAAGUGGCUAAGGACAGCCGUCUUCUCUCUCUUGCCCUAGAAUAUGAUCCAAUCCUUGGAGUGAUCAGAGUCGGAGGGAGGCUGCGCCAAGCAGAGGUUUUGGACCCAGAUGCUAUCCACCCAAUUAUCAUUGACUCCAAACCCUUGGGAUAUCUCUCUGCAGACAUCGCUGACCCCGAUCCGGUUACACCGAAUAUGCUCUUGAUGGGACGCCGAGAUGCGUCACUUCCUCAGGCCAUGUAUGCUGAUACCAACCUCGUAGGCAGACGGGGGUGGCGACACAGCAAAAUCUUAGCUGACCAUUUUUGGGCCCGAUUCAUUCGGGAUUACCUACCAAGUCUACAGCACAGAGGGAAAUGGCGGAGAGAAAUGGCCAGCCUGGAAACUGGCCAAGUAGUAAUGAUGGUGGACCCUCAGCUGCCUCGAGCCUCCUGGCCGGUGGGCCGUAUAACUAAGACUAUGCCUGGGACCGAUGGUCGUGUUAGAUCAGUGAAGAACCGGACAUAUAUCCGGCCAGUUGCCCGACUAAUUCCUCUCCCUGAGAUGACAGAGGACGGGGAGCAAUGAGCCUUUUUUGAGGAGUGUGGAAUUUAACAAAUUUCCGGGGUGGCUGUAGAAAAGGCCCAUGGAGUUGGUGGAAUACUCCUUUAAUUCAUUGCCAUUUACUCAGCUGGACCAGGGGCGCUCUAAUUAGGUCAGGUGGAAAUGUCCGACAGAUCUCAACUCCAUAAAAGGAGGAAAUUGCCAUCGCCUGAUCUCGCUGCUUUCUCUUCCUUAACUCCAUCUGAUCCAGAAGUUCUGUGCGUCCAUGAAUCCACGUAAGUCCACCGACUAUGUUACCUUUCAUCGGAAUUAUCUGUGGCGAUCGGGAGAGUGGGCCAUUCAGUUAUUGUUUAUAGGUUUUACCGCGGAGCGCGGCUUGGAGCGCACGCUUCAAACAUAUUGUGUAAUGUGAAUUGUCAAUGAUCACGGCCCUACGGAUCCUCAUAGGCCAAUUAUGCAACCGAUAUGGUUCAUAUGUAUUGAAAUUGAUUAUAUGUACACAUGAAGAUAAUUGAAAGAGUGAAAUGAGAAACGUCAUUGUUUGCUAACUGAUAGACUUUGAUCAUGGGGAUUAUAGAUUGUAUAACCAUUCCCUGUUUGUAUUCUUUCAUGAUUUAUGAUAAAUAGUUACGAGCCUAAAUGUCUCACGGAUGAUUACUAUUGACUUAAUGAACUGAACUGUUGACCUCCCUAACUUGUGUUAAUAAUGAAUUAUAUGAUUUGAUCUUUGAUUAUGAAUCUGAUUGGAUACAUGUUAUUUGUUUCCUUUGUGAUGCAGCACAGACUACUCAGUAAAUAUACCACUUUAUGGUUAAAGGAAUUCCUGCCUCAGUCUCAUCCAUUCCUCUGUCACCUGACACGUGACCACCUGUUCACCUUCACUGUCAGUCAUCCUACCUGUCCAGCUACUCACACAGAUUCCACUAAUCUUUCAACAUCAGUCAAAACCACCGGGCCUAAGGCUCUUCCACUGGCUGAGGAUGUGAGGGCUAGCAGCGGGAAACUAUCUUUUCUACAAAGGCUGGUCAGGCUGACAAGCAACUUAAAGCUAUUCAAGAAGGGGAACAAGAAGGAUUCCCACCGCUCUGAAUCAGAACAAGUACAGACCACUGCUGAAGAUGGCAUGCUGCCCAGCAUAGUGCCACAUGCUGCCAUGUCUGCACUGCCAAAGGAUCUCCCCGCCAGCUCCCAACAGGAGACGCCUCACAAACGUCCACUUCUCGUCAGGAUGUUUUCUGCCAUCUCCAAAGGCCUGUUCAAGCCCUUCAAACAGUCCUUAAAGACCAAGUAACUUCAGACAAUUAAUUCAACGUCAUUCAUUGCAUUAAAUUGGCCUUUGUCUUCUUAUGUGCUCCCGUUAACAGACCAGAUUACAAUACUGGUCUUUUAAAUGUUAGCAGUGAUAGCAACAUUAACUAUAGUGGUGUGUGUAUAGCCCUUCUACACAGUCUGACCCUUCUGACACUGUGUGACAUGCCCUCUGAUCCAGUGAUCUAGGAUCUUCUGAGUGGCUUUAGGCCUGAAUCUCUGCCCUCCUGCCCAAAUAAAUGUUUUCUCUUCUGAUAUAUCUGCCACUGUCAGAAGCCAGCA